GAUUCUCCUUGCUCAUCUGCAGGGGACAGAUGACCAUCAGGAACCUUCUGGUGCUCUUGAACAAUUCUCAUAACAUAUUUCUGUUCAUAAAGCUGUAAAUAUCUGCUUUGCUUCACUUGUUACAUCUCUCCGCUGUGCCAUUUUUAUGAAGGAUCAGUGUUUUAAAAGAUCCUCUAAUGUUUUUUCAACACCUUUUGAUUUCCAUGCUAGCUACAAUAACAGCUAGGUUAAACGUGCUUGUUCUUGUGCCAGUGUUUUGCUUAAAUAGCUCUUCCUUCUAUUUAAUGUUUAGGGAGAAGGGUUUAGAGCAAUAGACAUUCCUCAUCUCAAAGGAGAAGAGAGGACAAGUUGUCUCAAAGUUCAUCUUUGCAAAGCUACAUCACAAAACUUCUGGUUGGUGUUACGGAAAGUCCCCAAAGUGAAGCCUACAUGAGGAGUUCUGCAUAAGACUUCCUAGAGUUUCUUUGGGCAGCUGCAUGGAUGAGGAUAAGCAGUCCUCUCCUUUGUGGACAGCAGCAGCAGUACAGAGAAUUCCAGGAUCGUUUGAGCUUUCAACACAAGUGCCUACUUGAGAGGCUGGAAAAAUCAUCACACUCCAUUUCUGAAUUGACUGGUGCCAAAGAAAAGGAACAGAAGGCUUGUAAGUCUAAACUUCUUUGUGAGAGCACGUGCCAGGCUGCCCAACAGACCCAGCAAAACCAGGUAUCCAGUAGGAAGAGCUUAUACCAACAACCAUCUUUGGAGCUAGACAGAUCCAGAGUUGGUAUUGGGGGACCUCAAACAUUUUAUAUAAACAGUACUGCAUCAAAGGCUGGAAGCCCAGCCUGUGGUGCAUUGUCUCAGCCUUUCAGGAAUAAUGACAGUUACGGUACUGAAAUCGACUACAACCAUCAGACCUGUCUGAAGAAAUAUCCGGUAGAAAAUUACUUGCAGAGAAAGUGUAACAAUAUGAUUUCCCCAGCCAAACAGAAGAACCCUCACCAUGAAAAAAUUGCUCAGGAGAUGGACAAGAAAGCAAAUGAAUUUCAGAGCACAUGCCCUCAGCAAGUGAGUCACAGUUGUGCCUGCAGGCAUGUAGGGAGCUCAGGGAGCAUGCAAGAGAGCCACCGUGUCAGCCAGGUAUGUAGAAGACACUCUGGGUCAGUUUGCAAAACCUGUGAUUAUUCUAGUAGAUCUGAAGUUUCUGGGAAGAAUAACAGCAUGGGGCCUAAAGAACUAGAACAGGCUAAAAUGUGCUAUGAAGAAAGAAGGAAGAAGCUCCUUCUGCGGAAAAUGGAGUUGGAAAUUGAAAAGGAACGCCUCCAACAAGCAUUGGCUAAGCAAAAAGUAAAACUGUACCUAAACCAACAAGUAAUACAACCAUACCAUCUGGAUGAUAACAGGUUUAAAGGCCAUGUACCCAGUUUGGAAGAUGUGCCCAUUGAUGAAGCACCUGGAGAACUUGCUCUGAAGAUGAACGACAACAGCAUGGGGCUAAGUGUGCCAGUGUUGAAAUGCGAAGAUCAUUUUCUGAGUACACCUCCAGGGAGCAAAACCUCCAGAACACGGCAGAACAGUGGUGAGGGCACUUCGAGGAAGAAAAUGGUUGAUUUUGGUGCAGACGUGGAAGAUGGGCAAACUGUUCUGAUGCAAACCAAGAUGGAAGGCACCAAGUCAAGGAAAGGGACAACUUCAGGAUCUAGCAAGGAUGCAGCUACAUCUCCUGUGCUGAUAGGCAACAGUAAAGAGCUUGCAACCACAGCCACAUCAGCAGUCCAGGAUGACACUUCAUGGUAUGGAACCUGUCUUCCUGACCUUGUUGAAGCUAUGGGUCUGAUAUCUUCCCCAGGAUGCCUCUGCAGAGAAUCUUAUGACGGGAACAAAACGCACACGUGUCGUCCUGUGAGCUACAAGCCGUCGUCCUGGUACCAGACAUCUCGCAGAUCUAGAAGCAGAGCAGAUGAGCUAGAGGAGAGCCAGCUCCUCCGGGAGAUUUUCUUCAUUUGACGCACCUCAUUGGUCUACAACCCUUCUGUAGAAUUUUUAGGACCUUUAUCUUGCAGAUUUGUUUCUGUUCAAGUACCAUUUCUAAAUUAUUUGGGUGACAACUGCUUGUCUUUCCUCUUCUAAAACAUAGCUAAUUAGCAUACAGUUUCAUUUUGGAUAUAGUAAUCAUGGUGCGAGAAUAUUGUUGGGGUAGACCAAUCAGAAAGCGUUAACUUUUUUUCCUAAAACAUUCAUGUGCCAAGUAAUCAUUCUAAAAUUGAAGUUUUUUUCUAAUCUAUAACAUUUUCUAAUGGAUUGAAGUCACAGUUUUGCCAGCCUCAUAUUGGAAGUAUAUUUCAUUAUCGAUUUUUAGCUCUGAAGCCAUUUGCAAUAACUGCCUAACAUUCAAGAACCGCCACAUUCAAAGUAGAUUAUUUUCUAAUUAAACAAGUCAGUUUAAAACCUGGCAUAUUAUAAAGAUACAAGCACUUUAAUACUUUUUUCAGUGAUUUUUAUGAUCUACUUUUUCCUUCAACAUUCUGAUACUUAACAUGAUGGGUUUUUAGGUGGUAUAUCAUAAGUUCAACUAUACAGUGUCUAAUAACAUGAAUAGAUGAUGUUACAGGUUGAUGUACUAAGAAUCUGUUUGAAAUAUAUUCCUCUUCACAUCAGUGCUAUUUGACAGAGUUUAUGUGCUGGGUAACCUGAAAUAGCAGAAAACAGAUAUUGCAGUGGUCCAAAACCUUUUUGAUGUACUUUUCAAGAUGAGAUAUAUAGUAGUGGUAGUAUAAGAACAGUCUUAAGAUAUUUUCACUAACUUGCACUAUUUUGAUCCUUUAUCCCCCCUCCAUUGUAAAUAAGACAAAUCAGUAAUUAUUUCCACUGGUGGCUCGUGAUGCACAUUUCCCUGCCAGCUUUAAUUAUUCAUGCUGUAUCUAUUUCAGUUUAUUUAAAUGCACUUCCAUCUACUGCAUGUACUUGAUUAUUUAAAGAAAUGUGCCGAAUUGGUAAAAAUGACUGCAGAUUACAGGAUUAAUGGCCAUUUUCUCCACAAUGCAGUGUUCGUAUUUUAUUGUAACAGUAGCCACCGGCAUGUGUUCCUAGAAAUAUGAGGCUAAAAUACUCAUUUUGCACAGUAAAAUUGCAGUGAGGGAAAGGUAGAUUUGAGCCAGUACAGGCAAGUUCUAGGCCAUUUCCUCCCAAACACCACUUUGUGGGCCAGUACAGACUUUCUGAUAUUCUCUUUAGGCAACCCUGCUUAUCUACUGAUCCUUGGGGUAUCGUUGCUGCCUACCUCCCACAUGCUUGUUCCUUCGCAAUGUUUUGUCCUCUGCAAGAAGCUAGCAAGGCUCAACAGUGAGGCCCUUGGUACAUAUCUGAUGAGCACAUCAUUGCAAGGUUAUCUUAGCAGGUGCCCCUGGCAGCACCGUGCUCUUAGAACAGUAAAACAAAAGGAGAAUGUAGAGGAAGACAAACCUCAGGUUACUCUGUGCAGCUUCAUUCAGGCCCAGUCUUAAUCACAAAUUUGUACAUCCCGGCUGAAUUCUAAAAGCUGUUUGGGGGAGUUUAGAGGAAGGUGGCAUCAUUGCUGGACCAGAAAAUCACUGCUGUGGAAAGGUCUGGCUUGGUCUGUCCUAUGGUCAGUGAAUUAUUAUAGUUCUUUUAAAUAUGCUCAUCUGCUGUUGAAUGUCCCUCUUUAUCUACUCUCUGAGCCUGCAAAGGCACAGGUUUCUGCUUAAAGCCCCAAAGAUGUAUUCAGUGCCAUGACCCAAGUAUAGCAGAGGAGGAAAUGGGUUUUCUCAUUCUGCUGCCUGAGUAGACUGCUUCUUUAAGAGAGCAGGGAAAGGGAAGGGAAAGAAAAGAAAAAUGUGCAAGAAACAGCAGGAAAACUGUGGAAAACCACGAAGAAAUUACCAUCACAUAAAUUUUAGGGUUUUGGACUGCUUUAUGGUGUUUUUUUGUUUUGUUGCAUAUUUUUUUAUGAAGGUUUGGCAUUUAUAAAGAAACAGUUCUCUGAUUUCAGUCCAAUUGCUUUUCUUCUCUUUUUAAGUUUGACUGAAACUUUAAUUGCCUUUUCUAAUAAGUGCUAACUGACCUUUUAAAACAGCAAAACAUACAUGUAUUAUCUCUUGAAAGAUGCCUUUGUGUACCCAGUUGAGAACACUGUGCAGUAGCAUUCCUUGUGUGUGCCAAUAUUUCACUGCUUUGGGAUUCCUUGUCAUCCAUUUUUUCCAUUAACAAUUCUAAUUCUGAGGUUGACUUUUGACUUGAAUAUAUGUUUUGGUAGUACCUCUUUUAAAAAGGACAUUGUCAGGGUUGUGGGCUUUGUGCUCCAGGUGUUGUCCGUCAGUCAAAGCUGCAUGGGACGCAUGCUUUUAUGAAGCAAAAUUUAUAGAAUUAAGAUGAUUGAAACGUCUGAUGAGUGAAGACCUUCAUGUUCUAAACGUAUCUGAGAUGUGGACAAAGAAACAAAAGCUAUUAAUUUGGUAAACCCUGUGAAAAAUAAUUUUUUAUAAUGCUUGUUCUUGCUCUUGUUAUCAACAGGACAUUAGGAAUAGUGUUUAGCAGUCAGUGCAAGCAAAGAUAUUUUGCCAGGAGGCACUACAAAGUUGAAGUUAUUAAAACAUUUAUAGCCUUAGAAAAAGAAAUCAAUGCUUGUCGAAUAGGAAAGGACAAAAUCAGUAGUUGGGACUGGGAGGGGAAUUGUUUUCCAUCUGCUAAAACAAUAGAGGAAAUGCAAAAAUUAAACUAACAAAACAAUCACUUGACAGUGUCCUUUUAAGUUUAAGCUCCUACAUUAGGAAACUGCCAUUGGGGAGUUAGUCCAGCAGUAGAUUGUUUGUCCAGAGUGUGCCCAGUUAAUAUUCUUCAGCUACACAUCUGGUUGUGUUCUACAUGAGGCUUUGUGGAGUAACAUAACUUCUGCUAAGGCUCACACUCAUGCCUUUACUUUGUGUUCUCCCUGAGUGGCUCGUACCAACACGCUUGCCAAGUGUUUGUGUGGUCAUUGCUUUUGUGCAACUUGCACAUCAUGGAACUGCAGCAGUCACACCCUUCCAGCCUCUCCAGUCUUGCUGUUGAAUCCCAUCUUGAACAUAUAUUUAUAUACGUAUGUGAAGUCUUAAUCUAAUAAAUUA